UGUGUAUCACGGUCACUGUAGUGAGUCGUGUGGGAGUUCCCUUGUGUCCGGGAUGAAAGGGAAAAGGCUUCUUUUCUUACCGGAAUGAAGGUCUGCAAUCUGUCCGUGUGUGAAUAGCAGGGCAGGAGUAUGGCUGUAGCGUUCCUCAGUGAUAAGGAUGCUCAUUCUGUCCUGAAGCGUUUCCCUCGAGCCAACAGCUACCUGGAGGAGCUGAGACAGGGGAACAUAGAGAGGGAGUGUGGUGAGGAGAGCUGCAGCUUCGAAGAGGCCAAUGAAGUGUUUGAGAACAAAGAGAGAACGAUGGAGUUUUGGAAAACUCGCAAUGCCUAUACAGUGAGCAGCAGCGAAGGACGCUCAGAGCGUGCCAACACUGUCUACAUGGUGGUUCCUUUGCUGGGCGUGGCACUGCUCAUCAUCAUCGGCCUCUUCCUCCUUUGGAGGUGCCAGCUUCAGAAGGCCACCCGUCGACGGCCUGCCUACACCCAGAACCGCUACAUGGCCAACAACCGCAGCACCCGCAGCCUGCCACGCAUUCUGGUUUACCGCGAAACAGUGGCACACAUCGAAAGCUCACACCAGGAGUCCAACUCACAUCCCACUGUGGUGGUGAGUGGUGCUGAGAGAGGAGGAGGUUCUCAGUCGGAUUCACGUGGCCUCAACCAACAGAACACUCAUGCCCUCUAUAUUCAGGACUCCUCUCUGUCUGUGGCUUCACGGUUGUCUGGCGCCACGCCACCUCCAUCUUAUGAGGAGGUGACAGGACACCUGGAAAGCAGUGGUGAUGAGACCUCAGCACCUUCAUACACUGAUCCUCCACCCAAAUAUGAGGAAAUCAUAAAGGAGAAAUGAAAGAGGCAAAAAUAAUGCAGGUUAUUGCUCCCCAACUGUAUCUGAAGGAGGCUAAGGCUGGCAAAAAAGUUGGUCUGUACUAUAUUACUUUGUUUCACUCAUGGGUGCAACCAAAAAAGGAGUUACCCUCAUGAAUCUGAGUGUUGUCCAGGAUCACUGUUCAUAAUUUACCUUAAACCUCCACUCAUUUCUUUUGUAUUCAGUUUGUUUGGUGAACUGUGAAUGGCAGACUUUGUCCCCGUGCAGCCACAGUAGGGACCAAACAACAAGGUGCAUGAGAGAAUUUGACAGGGAAAAUACACAGUGGCAGGAAAAAGUAUGUGAAUUGUCAUAAAACAUGACCUGAUCUUAAAAUCUUCAUCUAGGUAUCUAAACACAAUUAGCACCUAUGAAGACAAUGUGCUUAAGCUAAUAACACACACACACACAUUAUAAUCUUUUGUGUUUUUAUUGAACACAGCCAUUAAACACAGUACUGGUGGAAAAAUUAAGUGAACCCUUGGAUAUAAUAACUGUUUGAACCUCCUUUGGCAGAACUGACCUCAAAUCAGCUCUUCCAGUAUCUGCAGAUCAGACCUGUACAAUAUUCAAGAGGAAGUUUCUUCCUCCACAACAACUCUAUUGGGUUCAGGUCUGGGCUCUGACUCCAAAAGGUGGAUUUUCUUUAUCUGAAGUCAUUCUGUAGUACAUUUACUUUGAUGUUCAUGCCCAACAUCUACUGAUGUUCAGCUGGUGAACAGCCACCCUGACAUUUUUCUGGAAAAUACCUUGAUAAACUUGGGAAUUCAUUUUCCCCUCGAUGAAGGUGAGCCAUUCAGACCCAGAGGCAGCAAAGCCCCAAAUCAUGAUACUCCCUCUGGUCAUACUGCAUCUUUGACAUUAUGUUUUCAUGUUGGUUUGCUGUCCUCUUUUUAUGCCAUAUAUAGUGCUGCAUGAUCUUCCCAAACAGGCACAAACUUCAGGCAGGCAGUCUUUUUAUAGAGAGCAGCAUUAUGCUCUAAGCAGCCAUGCUCCAUGAUCUGUGUAUAGUGGACUGAUGAACAGAGAUGUUAACCAGCUUGUGAUUCCUUUAAGCCUGUAACUGUUGACUGGGCUUCUUUUUAACUCACUGAUCUCUCUGCUUUCUGCCUUUGGAGUCAUUUUAGCUGAAUGUAGAGUAGCCACAGAACUAAAUCAUUUCCAUCUAUAUUGAGUUUGUCUGACUGUGGACUGAUGAAUAUCUAAACUCUCUGAAAUGACUCUGUAACCAUUUCAGCUUUAUGUACAUCAGCAAUUCUUGAUUAUAAAUCUUCUGAGUUAAAGUAACUAAAAUUUUCUGUUAUUGGUUAAGAUACAUUUUGGUUCUUGAAGAGGGCUAGAAAAGCAAGUAGGUUUACAUGCACAUUAGGGGAUGGCACUGGGAGCUGUCAGACAAUUUGUCAUACAGAUAUUAUAGAGUAUUAUUUUAUCUGCAUCUACAGUUCUCUUUCUCUCUGAGUGUGUCAUUACUUUUGUACUUAAUUACACACAGGAGAAAGUUCUGCUGUUGACACUCACCGAGUACUUAAUUAGGAACAUCAUACUAAUACUGGGUAGUUCCUCCCUUUGCUCUUAAACAGCCUCAGUUCUUUGUGGUAUGGAUUCCUCCAGAUGUCGGAAACUUUCCUCUGAGAUUCUGCUCCAUGUUGAUAUGACUGCACAACAUCAUUUCUGCUGAUUUGUCAGCUGCACAUUCAUGCUGUCGAUCUCCUGUUGUACCACAUCCCAAAGGUGUUCUACUGGAUUCAGAUCUGGUGACUGAGGAGGUCACUGAAGUGCACUGAUGACUUUUGCUUUGUGGCCAUGAGCUGACCUGGCAGAAAUGGACCUAGCAUGUAAAAAUAGUGGAGUUUGGAGAAGGAUCAGGCAUGGCUCAUGGACCAGGCUGGACACACAAACACACAAGCUAUAAUCAGGCAGCAAUUAUCAGACAUGUGGUGAAUCAGACACAGGGUUUUAUCAGAUUGCUUGAUGCACUUGUCAUGAUGUGCAGAUGACAAAGACUUGACAAAGAGACAACUUUAAAUUGACGAGCAGAGCGCUGGUUAACAUUUAUUGUUCCUUAAUAUUAACAGGGAAAAACGAUUGGUAUUUGUGUCUUCAGUGGCCAAUAGUCAAUCUGAUCACCAGUCACUGUGCAUAUAGUGAUUCUUUAAACUGUACAUACAAAGUUAGUUGUGGAGGUAUCAGGACUCUGAGCCAAAGCUGAUGUUUAGUUGGAUGUUCUCGUGGUUUAUUGCUGUAUUAGACUGGUUUUCAUCCAUCCUCUGAUGCUAAAUCUGUAUGCCCCCUCACAUCAUUCAACUGCAAACAAGACUGAGCUUAUUUGCUUUUCUAAUACUUGUUGUACUGCCUAUAUUUUGAUUGCUGCAGGCUUUUUAGACCACCCUCACACACCAGCUGUUGUUCACUGUAAGAGCAAAUCCCUGCCUUCAUGCUUCCAGACCCUGUGCUGUGUGGACAGUGUGUUACUUAGUUUUCGUGGGUCUCAGGCAGGACAGCCUGAAACAUUUUUUGUUUUGAAAAAUGCAGUGGAAAAAAGGGGUGUCUGCCAUGGCCUGAUGGUGAUGAGCCAAGUAUGGACUCUCUUUAGUGCUUUGGGUACAGAUGUGUGUGGACUGCUUGUCAUGAGAUCACCAAGUCCUCAGUAAUAAUUUCCUCAAGCCUGUGCCAUACAGAGGCAAGUUUAUUUAUUGCCAAACGUGCAUUGUCUUAACACUCAACAUAUGUCCUACCUUUGUAAAGAGUACGGUCUAGACCUGCUCCAUAUGAAAAGUGCCCCAAGAUCAUUUUUGUUGUGAUUUGGUGCUAUAGAAAUAAAAAUUGACUUGACCACCAUACUCAUGACCACCAGUCUUACCAUCUACAUGUGGAACAAACUGAUAUCUUCUCUGUACAGUGCAGCCAUUCUUCCUGCUGCAGUGUAUGGCAGAGGCUUUGUAUUAAUUAAAGUUAAAAUAGGGGUAUUUUUUCCAGCUACCAUAGUUUUGAUAAUCAAUUUAGCAGUUAGGUCAUUUAUUAAACAAAAUUGUUCCUGUGUCUCCACUGUGUGGAUUUGCUACUUGACUCUGUUUUAUAUUGUUGUCAAUCAAUAGAAUAAUUAAUAAUAAAAACAAUCUGUAGUUGCAAGGGAAGUGUAAAUAUACCAUUUUGCUCCCAAAAGAAAAGAGUCAUAAAACCUUCCUAAAUCCUGUUCUUCUCUUUCACUGACUUUGCUGCAAAAAAUGCAUAUAGUAUAUGAGGCUGUUUUGAACUGGAGCAUAUCAAGAGAAGAUACAGUUCAUGAACAUAAUGUAAUUCUCUGCAUAAAUAAUCCAACUAAAGAGACAUACAUUCACAAGUGCACCAUCAAAAUUAUGUGUAUGUACUACAUGCAUUUGAGUGCAUGUACUCCAUAUGUAUAUAUGCACACACAGUGCAUGUACCCAAAGAGCAGAAUCAACAGUUUGAGCUCUACACUCAGUGGUAUGAGUCAUUAUAGCACCUUUGUUGCAGUUGCAGUUGUUCUUACUGCAAUCUUACAAUUAAAACACAACUUUGUUUAUAGUUUAUACAUUUUGCGUGAUGCAGUCAGUGUGGCUGUAAAGUUGUGUGGAGACAAUCAAAGUAAAUAAUUUUAAAUAAUAAUGCUGGGUUGGAGACACGGUAUCACCAUCAGUGAAGACACGACACUCUGUAAUGCUGACAGAUGUUUAGAGCUGCACUGGGUAAACUUAAUAAUUUGUCUCAGUGGUCAAAAGAAAAGAAUAUUUAAAGUUUGAAAAGUUUGAAGGAUUCCUUUUACUUAAAAUCUUAUACUGUGUAUCAAACUGUUGAAGAGGCUCAGCAAAUAUCAGUGAGUCAGUGAAUGUUGGCUUGCUUCCUUUCAGGAAGCAGUUUUUUUUUACUCUUAUAUUAGGAUUCAUCUUUUCUUGUGGGUGUCCAUGCUUUACACAAUAAACUUGACUGGGUAAAUAGUAAAGGUAUGGAGUCUCAGUCAGAGGGUGGUGGUUGUCUUGUGUGAAGACUGUUAAAGAACCACAACACUUUUUCCCUAAAAGUCUGAGAUGAUUUAAAAUUAUUUAUGAUUUACAUUUUUAUUGGUCAUUUUCAUGUUCAAGUUGUACAGUUGUAGAUGUUUUCUUGCACCAUGCUUUUUUUGAUGCUACCACUUUAGACUACAUUACCAUGUAAUGAUAUAUUAACUUUGACAAAAACUUAAUGCAGACUUGAUGUUUACCAUGACAGCAAAUCAUACAUCUAUAUGUAUACACACAUCUAGGACCUAAGGCCUGAACUAUAAAGUGAGGUUACUGGCUUAUGAGAGUAACUUCAGGAGUAACUUAGUGACGUCGGGAGUAACUUUCUGAUUAAUCCAAAUCACUAAAGGUGGAUAGGUUUUACCUGAGGUCUGCUGACAUGGUAAAUUACACUGCAUUUCUAAACUGGUCUGGACAGUCAGUCUCAAUAACAAAAAACAACAAAAGAAACUAUUGUUUUUAGUUCCUUUUAAUAGCAGAGGAAAAUCUCUGACUGCUCUGAGAGUCCUGAAAGGAGGGAGCCACACAUAAAGUUGCCUGUGUUCAUCACCAUUAAAUACACAUAAAAGUAGAAAUGAUGAAAUGGGAUGACUUAGAUGUGUGUGUCAGGCAUGGCUGACACGAGUCCUCACCCAAAUCCUCCUGAAAAAGAAAAGUUGUUUCCUCAUGUCAACAUAUCAGCAUUGAUAAGUCCACAGAAAUCAUCAGUUAUUUCCUCACUCACCUGACGGUCAGAGGAAGGGGGGCCAUGCUGGUGGCUGCAGCAAAGCAACAUUAUCCCCCUGAACUAUACAGAAAACAGACAUGUGAACUGAUAUGGUAGUACCUUGUACAUAAAGUGUAGACACCAGGGUCAGAGGUUACUGACCCCUCAACCUCAUUAUUGUAAACCUCUGUAUGUGAAAAUGUGGCAGGAGGUGGUUUUCCUCCAGUUUUUCUGAAUUCAGCCUUUUUCUGUUUGCUUUGAAUACAUCAACAGGCUAAUGUCACGUGUAUUCAGUACUAAGGAUGAGAAUUAUCACUGCAGACCACUUUAUAGAAUGUUGUUAUAUGUCAUCAUGACUUGUUGCCAUGUUCAGCUUUCAGCUUUCCGCUGCAUGAAGUUCAUAUUUAACAUAGCAGCAAGAGCUCUGGGGAGAACAUUAUUAACAAUGAGUACGGGUCAGUUUCAGAAAUGGUGCCCAUGUGUCAACUAUAAUCCAAGUAUCCUAAUCAUUUUCACAUACUUGUCCUUACAUCUCAUAUUCACAUUCAAAUUCAAAUUAAGAUGCUGCACAAUCCUCAUGUAAAGCUUGCAUAUUGACUGCCUGAUUCUUCUCACACUGCUUGAAAACAAAGCAUUGCUGAACAGGUGCAUUUGCAUUUCUCCUUGACACAAAAUCAUAGACACUUUAUUUCUCCGUUUUUCCAAAGUGUAUCACAUCAUGUGACCAUCAAUGUGCUGUAUUCUCCUUAGUGCAAAAUAUUGUUUCUCUUUCCGCUCUAACUGUGCAUCCAAAAGUAUUAUGAUCAUGGUUGUAACACACCUGGGUUGUCCAUUUGAUUGGAAAUACUAUUUUCCCAAGCCCUUCCAAAAACGUUUUCCCACAUGACCUGAUGUAGGUCUCUGAUGAUGACGUUACUACACAUAAAGUGAUAUAAACCCUUGCCCAGCUAGUAAUGUUAGCCACUGAGAUGGACUGAGCCCUCACUGCAUGCUACAGCUGCUGCCCUACUAACAUGCUAACUAACAGACACACACACACACACACACACACACACAGAUGGUUCACUCACUGUUGUUGUUGUAAAAGUUAAAAAAAAAAACUCCUCCUACCAGUAAGCAGCUCUGGAUCAGUGUAUAAUCCUAUGUGACUUGUGGGUGCUCCUAUUCCGCUCCCGGUUUUCUCUCCACCAAACAACACCUAAUUGUAUAUGUGCGUUAAUAAUCCACUACAGCGCGAGCAUGAAAUAAUAAAAGGACCUUCUUCAUCUUCAA